AUGGCAACUUCGGUAGCUGGGCUUUUUCAAGCUAUCAAUCACGACUACGCUAUCUGGAUCGUCGCGGGGCUUUUGAUCCUUGUUGGGCUCUAUAAGUGGUCAACCGCCACCGACAUCCCAAAGAUCAAAGGUAUCCCAGAGAUUCCCGGUGCUCUGCCGAUACUUGGGCAUCUCCAGCAACUGGGGCCCGACCACGCAACGGUCUGCGAAGGGUGGUGGCGGAAGUAUCGACAAUCUGUCUUCCAAAUCCGCCUAGGCAACACUCGAGCCGUUGUUGUAAAUUCUUUCGAAGAUGCCAGGCAGAUGCUCGUUGGCCAUCAGACAGCUGUUAUCGACAGACCCACGUUAUACACAUUUCACGGUGUUAUAUCCACCACGCAAGGAUUCACGAUCGGCUCCAGCCCCUGGGACGCGUCCUGCAAAAACAAGCGGAAAGCUGCUGGUCUGGCUCUUGGCCGUCCUGCGAUGAGGGGAUACUUCGAUAUGUUCGACUUGGAGUCCUAUUGCAUUGUCCGUGACCUCUUUCGCGACAGCAAGAACGGCGAACUUGAGAUCGGCGUCCGACCAUACAUUCAGCGAUAUGCCCUCAACACAACAUUGACUCUUUGCUAUGGCAUCCGAAUGGACAAUGUCUACGACGAUAUGCUUAGAGAAAUCCUACACGUCGGAUCGGCAAUCUCCCUCCUGCGUUCAGCUUCGGAAAAUUACCAAGACUACGUUCCGAUCAUGCGCUACUUCCCCAACAACGAAAAGAUCCGUCGGUCAAAGGAGCUACGUGAUCGCCGUGAUCGCUAUCUGAACUUUCUCCUCAACAAGGUCCGAGAUAUGAUCAAGAAAGGCACUGAUAAGCCUUGCAUCAGCGCCGCCAUUCUGAAGGACGAAGAGACCAAGCUGACCGGUGUCGAAGUCUCGUCGAUUUGUCUUUCUCUGGUGUCAGGUGGCUUCGAAACAAUCCCAGGCACCUUGACUUCCUGCAUUGGCUCUCUUGCCACGAAGGAAGGCCAGAUAUUCCAAGAGCGCGCUUAUGAGGAUAUAAUGCGAUACUAUCCAGAUCCGGCAUCUGUGUGGUCAAACAGCUUCCAGGAAGAGAAGGUCCCAUAUGUCAAUGCCAUCAUCAAGGAAGCUGCUCGGUAUUACACUGUCAGCGCCAUGUCCCUCCCCCGCAAGACCGUUACCGAAAUUGACUGGAAUGGCGCCAAAAUCCCGCCCAAGACCAUGAUCCUCAUCAACGCUCAAGCGGCCAACCACGACGUUGAACACUUCGGUCCGGAUGCCGCAGUAUUCAACCCGGAUCGAUGGUUGAACGAUGAAUAUGUGACGCUACCAUCGGCAACGGUGCCUGAGGAAAAGCCCAGUCAGGGUAUCCAGCAUUUCUCUUUCGGCGCCGGGUCCAGAGCCUGCUCAGGUCAAUUCAUAGCCAGCCGACUCUUGUACACUGCGCUCAUUCGGUUGCUGGUGUGCUACAAGAUCGUGGCAAGUGAAACAGAGCCUCCGAACACGGACUAUGUUGACUACAACCAGUUCAAGUCUGCCCUCGUGGCUAUCCCCAGAGAUUUCAAGGUCAAGCUCAUUCCCAGAUACGACGAGAGUGUGAUUCAGGAGGUUAUGGCUGCGGCGGCUGAACGAACGAAGGAUUACUACACCGAGGAGAGCUGA